AUGAAAGUUUCAUCAAGUCAACAAGCAAGCAUAAAAUCAAUUAUUCUUCUCAUUUUUAUCCUUGCCUUGAGUACGGUAGUGGCUGCAGUUCCUGCAAGUAAGCCGCCCUCGAAAAAUAUCAAAUAUAACGCAACUACCGUGUAUGGAGGUUGUACCGGAACGUUUGGCGACAUUCAAAAAUCGAGCACGGGCGGUGUGGAAGCUUACUUGACAAUAGUAUGCGAUGUUGAAACCGUCGUUACUGUAGAUACUUACUAUAUGGCUAUAUACACUUAUUACCCCUCCAACUCAUUGAUUAUUAUAUCAACAACGAGCCCAAGUCCUCUCGCAUUUACAGUUUCUCCUGGUACUUCCGCGGUUUUUAUCGUGCCUGGAGCUGGAUGUUAUUUUAAAACAACUUAUUAUGCCUUUGCAAGAUCUAAUCUUGCAACUUUCCCACUUAUGGCUGACGUCGAGAAGAUAAAAAAUUUCGUGAAGGCCAUACCAGACUUUCCCAAAGAGGGGAUUAUAUUUCGUGACAUAUUUCCAAUAUUCCGUGACCCAAGUGCUGUAGAGGCGUUACUUACACAUAUUGCCCAUCAUGUUCAAUCGACAACGAAUGAAAAAAUCGAUGUUGUUUUAGGCCUUGAUGCCCGCGGCUUCCUUUUCGGUCCAUUGCUUGCUUUACGUCUACACGCCUCAUUCGCACCCAUCCGCAAGAAGGGUAAACUACCCGGUUCGAUAAUCUCUGCGGCAUACACUAAGGAAUACGGUGUCGACGAAUUUGAGAUUCAGGCUGAUGCGAUUCAGGGGGGACAGAACGUAAUAAUUAUAGAUGAUUUAAUUGCAACGGGUGGGAGUGCAUAUGCUGCAAAGGAGCUUGUGGAGAAGGCAGGCGGACGGGUGGUGGAGUUUGUGUUUGUGAUUGAAUUGGUCGACUUGAAGGGAAGGGACAAAUUGGGCGGAAACGUGUACUCGGUUAUACAAUAUUAA